AUGCGAAAUUCGUUACUUAAAGCAUCAAUUUGCCUUCUGCUUCUAUUAUCUAACAAUAAUGCAACUAAUGAAAAUUUCGACUACGACGACGAUAGCGAAUAUUUUGACUACGACGACGUUAGCGAAUAUGAUCCGAAUUCAACACUAGGCGCAUACGCAGAUUCAUACUGUGAGGCUAUGAAUUCUAAAUAUGCAUACAGGAAAGCAUUGGAAGAAGAUACUGAUUUUCAGCACAAUGUUUCUGCUAAUAAGGUGCUAUACAGUUUGAUGAAAAUGCAUAUUUCAGAGAAGUGGGAAAAUCGAAAAACUCUGGAUAUCGCACAAAGUAAAUUUUUUGCGAAGACAUCAGGCAAUUUGAAAAAAUACAAAGUUCAAAUUGAAAUGAUAAAGAAUUAUUUGAGAGAAGCGAAUAAGAAAAUGAAAACAUUCAAAGCUGACCUUAAAGUGUUGGAAAAGGCAGCAGUCAUCGCAUCUAAUGCAUACAGAAAAACUUCAACUUAUUCGCGAAUUGUGGGCAAGGGAACAUCUACAAAUGACACAUUGAAUGAUGCCGAAAUCACAGAAGCCUAUGAGAAGGCUCGCUCUGAGUUUGCCGACGGCACAGAGGAACUAAAGGAGAAAAUAAAACAACUGGAAAUGUGGAGGAUUGAAUUUUUAAAGUUUCAAACUCCAGAGAAUAGAAUAAACUGGCUCCUGGCAGAAAUGAAAGAAGACAAUGAGCAGUAUUACUGAAUGAAUAUGAACUUGAAGUUGGCUUACACCGUUAACUGAAAUCAGCCAGAUGAUUCUUUGAGAAACAAGUAGGACUGAACCUGUCUUCACUCGUAUUUUCUGAUCUCUAAUAAUGAUUGAUCUUCAUAACUUCAGGGGCUGUAAACAAUAUCAGGUUUGUAACAAAUGCAGGGAACAUCGUAAAUUCAAAUGGUGCUUUGGAUAGGUGAUUUCGCGUAAGAGGAACUGCAACUUGGAAUCAACCUUUUAAUGUGUUUUAAUCAUCACUGAAAGUACUGCCUGUAGAUUAGUGUAACUGUUGUUCGGACGAAAAUUGUCGUCUAUAAUUUCUUCUAUACAAGAUGCAUGUCUAUUUCCAACUCAC